AUGGACCAGCAACUGAAGAAAAGGGGAACGACACCUAGCCAGAAAGGCCUGGGUAGAAGAGCUGCCAGUAGGGACAAGUCGCUGCCAGCCCAGCAGGAACCUCCUGACACGACAUGGAUCUUAUGUGAUGACGAUGUGUGCUAUGAGACUAGCUUCCGGGUUGUCAAAGAGGAUUCCUUCUCUGACUGUUACAUAGAAUGCAUAAUAAGAGGUGAGUUUUCUGAACCUAUCAUGGAAGAGGACCCACUCCUUCAGUCCUUUGAAUGUCUGAAAGAAGGACCAAAACAAGACCUUUCUCAACAGGUUCUUGCGGCAAGCUCACUUCUUGAAUGUUCCUUGGAAUACAUGAAAAGAGAUGCAAAACAAGAACUUCCUCAACAGAUUGUUGGAGAGAAUCCACUUCUUGAGUUUUCUGAGUACAAGCCAAGCAAGAAGCUUCCACCCGGAGGAAUACCCAACGCGGACUUUUCAGAACCUAAACAGUUCAUGGGAUGUACAAGAAGGAAGCCAAGUACAAAUAAAGAAUAUGGUGCUCCAGAAAAACAUGUCUGUCCUCAAGAUGGAUGCAUAAGAGAGUUCAAGAAUAAAACAUCCCUGAGAAAGCAUCUUCGAGUUCAUAAUCCCCGAGAUCAUGUGUGUGCAGAAUGUGGGAAAGCCUUCAAGGAAAGUGCAAAGCUAAAAAGACAUUUUCUGGUUCAUACUGGAGAGAAGCCAUUUCCAUGCACUUUUGAAGGGUGCGGAAAACGCUUUUCCCUGUCCUUCAACUUGCGUACACAUGUGCGCAUCCACACUGGGGAGAAACCUUUUGUGUGUCCUUUUGUAGGCUGUCGCAAGAAAUUUAUUCAGUCAAAUAACAUGAAAGCCCACCUCUUGACUCACGCAAAGGCCAACAGGACCCUGUCACAGCAGUGUGUAAGGUCUCUUGGACAUCUGAAGAGAAGCUUCGGGGGGUCGGUGAUCACCCUGAGGCUGACCCAGAAGAAGCAAGAGCUCCAGGAGUGCUGUGGUCAGAGUCUGGUGAGCCAGGGCUCCAUCUCCUCAGGCCAGGAGGUUAUGAAUCAACACAGGUUCAUCAAACCUUUCUACACAGAUCAUCAGCUCCUCCACCUCCUUUCUGGAAAUCAGAGACACUCCGAACAGAAACGAACACCGUUAGUGAGAUUUGGGGUGAAAGCUCAUCUCUCAAACUGUUGA